GCCUAACUUCCGGUCAGGAAGCAAGUUUUUAAAUGUGUCAUCUUUUGGGAAAUUUCUUUGUCAAUACAUGCGCAACGGAAUAUUUUGAUACAGAAAUCAACGCCAGUUUGAAUGACCACAUAUAGCCACUAGUUACAUCAAAAUGGAUCCGAUUACGAGGAAAAGACUUAGAGCGAAUUAUGUAGUGUUAGUGCGCAACUUGACUGCUGAUCAUGUUCUCGACAGAUUGUAUCAAGAAGCAGUUGUCACAGAAGAAGACUGUGAAGAUAUCCGAGCGGAAGUUACGAGAGCUCAAGGAGUACGCCAUUUGCUCAGUGUAUUACAACGUAAAUCAAAUCCAAAAACUUUUGAAAUAUUUUGUGAUUCUCUACGUGAAGCAACUUAUGAUUUUCUUGCCGAUCUGCUGAUAAAUAUUGACCCUGAUGAUGUAGCUUCUUCACCGGAAGAAGAAACUGAUACACUGACAGAACUAAAAUCGCAGCUGAAAGAGCAGAAUGUUAUUGUACGUCUAACAAAAUUAGAAAUGGAGAAAGCGAAGCUCCAAAUCGCAGACUUACGAAAGAGCAUGCAAGAUUUGAUGGACAGUAAAGAAAAAAUCAGCCACUAUGAACGACUCAUUGCAGAGCUUGAAAGUGAGAGAGAGAAACAAGAUGAAAAAAUGUCGAAUCUGGUUGAAACAAUAGAGCAAAACCUUGACCACUACAAAGAAAUAAUGGGCAGUAAUGAAGCAUUGAAUGAUCCUGAUAUCAAAUAUAAAGUAAAAUGUGUCGUCAUCGGUGAUGGGGAAUCUGGCAAAACAUCAAUGUGUAUGACAUAUGGUAAAAAACAGUUCCCAAAGCAAGAUUACGUCCCUACUGUGUUUGAUCAUUAUAUCAUGAAUUUUAUCUUCAAAAAACAGAAUGCAGUCCUUGAGGUUUGGGAAACAGCGGGUCAGGAUGAUUACGACCGACUCCGCACACUAACCUACCCAAAUACCGAUGUAGGAAUUAUCUGUUUCUCUGUAACCAAUAGAAAAUCAGCCCAAAAUGUUAUUGAUAAGUGGGUUCCUGAAUUUAAAAAAUAUCUUCCAAAUGUGCCUUAUAUCAUAAUUGGUACAAAAACUGAUCUUAGAAAAAAUGUAGACAAGGUCAAAGAAAUAGAGGAAAGUGGCGGGGAUAUUAUGACUUGGGAAAAUGGUGAAGAAAUUGCAGAUAAGGCUGGAGCGCAACAAUAUCUUGAAUGCUCAUCACAGCUUCUUGAUGGGCUCGAAGAAGUUUUUUACACUGGAUUAAUCAUGGGUCUCAAAUAUAGGAAAGAUCAACGCAAAAAGAACAAGAAUCAAAAACAAUGCUCUAUGUCUUAAAUUUUAUCGCAAUUUGCUGAAUCUUUGUGGUUAGAGUGGUUUUGUAUUAACAGUGUCAUCUGACUAGUCUCAAAAUAUGUAGAUAAAGUAUAUUUGGACAUUUUUUGUAUUAUAUCAUUUUUUGUGAUAUAUGUACAUGUAUACCCUAUGAAUCAACAAGUGUCAACAUUACAUACAUUCAUCUGAAAUUAUAUAAAUUUGAUACUUGAUUAUUUUUAUAAAAGACUGUCACUUCACUUAUCAUGAAAGCCAGACAGUAAUAGAUCUACUUGUAUUGUGAUUUAUACGGAAAUCAUUUAUUUGAAACUUUUAUUGUAUGGCUUGGAAAAUUAAUCAUAAGUAAUGCAGACUUUAAAAGAGGCAGCAAAGGUCAUUAAUGAUAGUAGGGAUAACUUGAUUUUGGAAAAUUUGUCACAUUUUUCAUUCACUGCAUUCCUUCCUGUUUUGUAAAAUAUCCCAAAAACGUUAUUCCUUGAAAAUGUAUCAAUUUUUUAAUUUCUUAAACACUCACAGUCGUUGGUCAGAAUUGUAAGAUGAAAAUUUUACAUGUGUUAAGAGAAACCAUAAAUUGAGAAAAAAUGUCCUUUAUCCUUUACUGCCACUUUAAUUAUGAUCUCCAGUGUUACAGAGAUGCAUUUAGAAUUGUAACCAAAAUUUCAAAAUUGAGGCCUUUGUCUUUAACAUAUCAUAAUGGUGCAUAUGCGGUAUAUAGCUCAACAGCAUUCAUUUUCCCCAAGUGCCAAGCAUUUCUAAUACUUAACCAUGUUCAACAUUGAUUUGAUUGCGUUAUAUGUAAAUGUUAGAUUGUUAUAACCAUUUUCAUAUUUAAAUCUAUAGGGAAGUCCUUUAUGAAGGGAUAUUGUGAUGUUUAUUGUUUUAAGUUAUGAAUCAUCCUAUUAUGGCUAGUUAUCUCAGGGUGUUUCUGAGAACAACUACCCUGGACAAGAAUAAUUACUAUUCCAGGCCUCUUUAGAUUAAAAAUAAAUUUUUGACUCAUAAAACUUAUCAGAGCCUGUCACACUCAGCCACUUUUAAUUACCAUAUUUACAUAUAAAAACAGCUGCAGUGUUUGAUUGGUUGAAUAUAUGAUGAUUCAUCUUAAAUACUCAGAGGGCAACUGGCAAUGGAAACAGGGUAGGUAAUAUAUCCACUAUACUUUAUGGUAAUGGUUAAUUUGUCAUCAUUUAUCUGGCAUUUUGUGGCCCUCUUUCAGGUAUGGAAAUAUACAGGGUGUCCAUAAAGUGUCAUUACAAUUACAAUACAACAUCUGUAUA